AUGGUGUUUAGGUUACCUGCAGAGGGCGCAGGCCUCAGGGCAGGGAGCUCGCAGAUCUGCCUUGGGGAUGGGUGUCAGGACGAGAUAGGAUGGAGGCAUUUCACAGAGUGGGAAUUCAGGGGCAUGACUGAAGCUGCCUGUUCUAUAGAGCUCAGAUUAAAUGCUUCUCUUGCCAUGGAGCCUUUUCUGAGGUUUCAGCCAAAAGGGAUUUUUCCUUCCUUGCUUGGUUGCUCAGUCGUGUCCGACUCUGUGACCCCAUGGUCUGUAGCCCACCAGGCUCCUCUGACCAUGAGAUUCUCCAGGCAAGAAUACUGGAGUGGGUUGCCAUUUCCUUCUCCAAGGGAUCUUCCCAAAUCAGCAAUCAAACCCACAUUUCCUGUGUCUUUUGAAUUACAGAUAGCUUCUUUACCCACUGAGCCAUCAGGAAAGCCCCUUUCCUUCUUCUGA